AUGCGUGUCAUACGUCUGAUGGGCUUCUACUGGGAAGUGACCAAAGGGUUGAUCCGUGUCUUGACAUACCUGUCGAGGAAAUGUCAGAAACUGUUGGUCUGUGUUGUGAUCGCCGUAACCAUCGUUUACAUAGUGUUUGGCCUCUCGUUGGCCGUCAUCUCAAUCCUCUUCGGCUUCGUAUACAUUGUUUACAGUUUCUGCGAUUAUCUUCUCUAUAACCCCAACGACCCGAUGGACAGCCGGACUAACGUCUUGAGCCCAAUGGCGUUCAAUCUGUCGUUUGAGUCCCACUUCAUCACCACUGAAGACAAGGUGAACAUCAAUGUACUGCUCAUCAAACGGCCCGACAAUGAGUACAAGUGGUGUCCGACAGUCAUCUACUUUCACGGCAACGCCGGCAACAUUGGACACCGACUCCAGAACUGUUACGAGUUAUACCACGAGAUCUGCUGUAAUAUACUGUUAGUCGAGUACAGAGGCUAUGGUCUGAGCGGCGGUUAUCCCUCCGAAAGGGGUCUCUAUUUGGACGCCGCGGCGGCACUCGAUUACCUCAUCGGUCGGCCAGACAUUGAUAGUCACAAGAUUGUGGUCUUCGGCCGGUCGUUGGGCGGCGCUGUGGCCGUCGAGUUGGGCCGACACGCGCGCAACAGCGCCAACAUAGCGGCCAUUAUCAUCGAAAACACGUUUACCAGUCUUCCGGACAUCGCCCGCACGAUAUUCAAUUGUCGACUGAUCCGCGCGAUUCCCAACUGGUUCUACAAGAAUCAGUUCAAUUCGGUGAACAAGAUAUCGUCGGUGACGGCGCCCGCACUCUUCAUCUCCGGCCUCAGCGACGAACUGAUCCCCUCAUCGAUGAUGACAUCGUUGUAUAUGUUGUGCUCGAGUGGACACAAAGAGUUGCACCGUUUGGACGGCACCCAUAACUUCACGUGGAAGUGC